CUCGAAUGUUAAAAAAAAAUGAAAGGGCGCCAAGAAGCUGGGACGAGGGAACGUGGGUGUAAAUAGGCAGCGAACACGCUUGGUCUCUCUCUUUCUCUCUCUCUCUUCGUCUCUCUUUCUCUCUCUCUCUCUCUCUUCGUCUCUCUUUCUCUCUCUUAGUCUCUCUAACCCCCCCCCCCCAAAUCUGGUCUCUCAACUCCUCUCUCGCUCUCUCUCACGCUCGCUCUCUCGCCGUUUCCUCGCUUUUAUUAUAUCAAUGAACGACUUUCUGAUUAGGACUUAAACAUAAGGAAUCAAAAGGCUCCAUCGGGACCAGAACAGGCAUCACGCGUUUCUGCUAUGCGACUCGGGCGGCCGCACGCUACAUGUGUUUUGCUAUCAAUGUAAAUAUUGGCUUUGAUAGGACGGAGAGCCCAAAUCAGCCUCUGGCGCGGCUUGUUUUCGGACGCGAAUUUUGACCCAAGACUUGCAACCUUGCCUUUUCAUUCGCCACCACUCUCAUCAUCGCCAUCCGCCGCCGUUGCAACCCGCCCUCAACUCGCUGGCCGCUUUGAACGACGAUGGCAACUUUAACCAACGGGCAAGUGGACGCCGCGGUGCACGGUGUCGGUGUCGGGGUCGGGGUGGUCUCCGCCAGCACCAACGGGCUAGUGAACGGAUUAAGCCACAACCACAACCCGGUGGGCUGCCCGGCCACCAUCCCCAUGAAAGACCACGAUGCCAUUAAACUAUUCAUCGGUCAGAUCCCCCGCAACCUGGACGAGAAGGACCUGCGGCCCCUCUUCGAGGAGUUUGGCAAGAUCUACGAGCUCACGGUGCUCAAGGACCGCUUCACGGGCAUGCACAAAGGCUGUGCCUUCCUUACCUACUGUGCCAGGGAGUCGGCCCUGAAAGCCCAGAAUGCAUUGCACGAGCAGAAGACCCUUCCAGGGAUGAACAGACCGAUCCAGGUGAAGCCGGCAGACAGCGAGAGUCGAGGAGAAGACAGAAAGCUCUUUGUGGGCAUGCUCAACAAGCAACAGUCUGAAGACGACGUGCGGCGCCUUUUCGAGUCCUUCGGCGGCAUCGAGGAGUGCACCAUCUUGCGAGGCCCGGAUGGCAACAGCAAAGGCUGCGCAUUUGUAAAAUACUCGUCUCAUGCCGAAGCGCAGGCGGCCAUCAGUUCACUACACGGCAGCCAGACGAUGCCUGGUGCCUCAUCCAGUCUGGUGGUCAAGUUCGCCGACACGGAUAAGGAGCGCACCAUUCGCCGCAUGCAGCAGAUGGCCGGUCAGAUGGGCAUUUUCAACCCGAUGGCCCUGCAGUUUGGAGCCUACGGAGCCUACGCUCAGGUGCAGCAGCAGGCCGCAUUGAUGGCAUCCGUAGGCCAGGGGGGCUACCUCAGUCCGAUGGCCGCCUUCGCUGCUGCCCAGAUGCAGCACAUGGCCACCAUCAACGGCCUCCCCGGAGCGCCGCUCACGCCCACGUCAGGCGGGAGCACUCCUCCAGGCAUCAGCGCCCCCACAGUGACCAGCAUCCCUUCCCCCAUUAGUGUCAAUGGUUUUACUGGCAUGCCGCCUCCUCAAGCCAACGGACAGCCACCCGCAGAGGCCGUCUUCACCAAUGGCAUCCACCAUUACCCUGUGUUGCAAGAAGUGGUUUUUAGGGAAGACUCUGAGAAAAAUGGCCUGGGUGUAGCUCCAAGGAGUUGUUUCGGAGUUCAGGGUGGCUGCUUUCUCUCCUCUCUAUCCGAAGCUCAAAGUCCCACUGCGGCUGAUCCGCUCCAGCAAGCUUACACGGGAGUCCAGCAGUAUGCAGCAGCCUAUCCCGCUGCAUACGGCCAGAUCAGCCAGGCCUUCCCCCACCCUCCAACCAUCAUCCCACAGCAGCAACGAGAAGGGCCAGAGGGUUGCAACCUGUUCAUCUACCACCUCCCUCAGGAGUUUGGGGAUGGCGAACUGAUGCAGAUGUUCCUGCCAUUCGGUAAUGUCAUCUCCUCCAAAGUGUUUGUGGAUCGAGCGACAAACCAAAGUAAAUGCUUUGGCUUUGUCAGCUUCGAUAACCCGGGCAGUGCCCAAGCUGCCAUCCAGUCCAUGAACGGCUUCCAGAUCGGCAUGAAAAGACUCAAGGUGCAGCUGAAGAGGCCAAAGGACGCAAACCGCCCCUACUAGCCCCGGCCCCAGCCAGCCGCUGCCAUCUACGGUGGCCGGGGUAGCUGUCGCACACGGGGGAGACAGGUUUUGUUGAGCUGAAUUAUAUGUUGAUUAUUCGCUACCCGCUGUAGAAUGCAAACUCGACGUCCGGAACACUGAGGCUGCUACAGAAAGGGAGAGGACAUCGAGGCAGAGAGAGAAAGAACGCUAUUGGCAGAGUCGUGGGAACCUUCUUUUUGGAUGUACGAAAAACUUUGGAACCCAGUGAGAAUUUGGACCACCUUGGUUUGCCCCCGGACCUUUUCUUCUGCACAUACAGUACAGUAUAUAUAUACACACACACACACACAACACACGCACACACAAACAGAUCCUUCCACUCAGAACCCUGCUUGAUUGACAGCUACCUUUUGUGGACCACAAAAACUUUUACUUGAACAAUGGCGAGACAAAAAAAAAAAAAAGGAAAAGACUGAAAAACUCUUUCAAUAACCAACCCUGAUGGACUCUUCAAGGGAACAACGGCUGUCCAAAAGUCCCAACGAGAACAUGCUAAACUUUUUAAAAACUGAAUCGAAGAUUGCUGAAGGAGAUAUUUUUGGUCUGGUUGUGUGUUUGGGGGCCCCAAUUGGCUCAAGACGCAGAGGAACAAAUUCCAGAAGGGAGAGCGCGCGUAAAAUCGGGAAUACGAUGUGAUCGGGACAGAAAUUGGCUUGGAUUUCAGGAUGACUUGUCUUUAGCUUCGGAGUGCCUGUCCGUUUCCAGGGGAUACCAUUGCCGAGGAGAACCAUAGCAACGGUUCUCCGAGGGAGUCUUACUUGUCAUUCCUUUAGUUGUUUUAGGGACCAAAAGACCAAACGUUUUUAUCGCUGAGGACUUGUAGCUCGAAUAUACUUGGACCACCGCAGCUCUUCUAUCGGCCAGUGUCAAAUGGCUCGAGAGUUGUAUGAAAAAGAAGUGUACAUUUCCCAUAUAUAUAUAUAAAAAAUGGUUUUGGAAAAUAGGCAAAACUAUUUCAGAAGACCAAAUGGGGUCUCUCUCACUUUGUUAGUUUAACAAUCACUCCCAAUGUUUAUUUAUUAUUAUUAUCAUCUAAUUUUUUUUCCCGUUUUGUCUUGGGAGGGACGAGAGUGCAUGGGAGGGGGGGCUGCUCCGCAUCACAGCCUUAUCUUUUUUAACUUGGACAUCCUAACCUCAUAGCUAGAGUAACAUCCGAAACCUUUGAUCUAUCUGAACUUGUUUAUAUUUGCAGUACAUAUAUCUAGAUACGUAUAGCGAGCAUUCAAGAAAAUGUAUUCAUAUAUGCAGAAAGUAUAUGGAUCAACAGAUAUUAAUCACAAGCAAAUACAUAUGUACUUAAUAUGCACAUAUUUGAUAUAUGUGUGUCUGUAUAUAGAACAGCUACUGAAAGAUGUUGAGCUGUCAUUUUUAUUUAUUUUGGUGGGGGGGGGGGGGUUUAGCCGAGUUUGAAACAUUGCUCUGCUCGGGAUGAAUUGCAAAUCUGGCAGCUCCCAAAAAAAAAAAAAAAAAAUGCAGGCAUUCCUUUUUCUGAUAUGCUGACACACGCUAUACAGCCCUGCUAAAAGGUUACGUGUGUGAGAGAGAAUGCACAGGAUACUGUAAAUAGGGUCUGAAAAUGCAAAAAGCCACGUCUCAGUAGCAGACUUGGAAGAAAAAUCAGGCUGGCGUAUUCUCUUCGACUCGAUUCCAAACAUAUCUUUUUAUGCUUUGCACGCGUGCGCGCGCACACACACACACACACACACAGACCGGUUUAUGUGAUUUGUGGGGACCACACACACGCACACACAAACGUCUGUUUGAAACUUGAACCAAAACGAAUAUGUCUCGUGCUCUCUUACUACAUUCAGUUCAACGUGCAUGUAGCGUCUAGGCCGUCACCGUGUCAGGGUGUGCCUUGCCACCUGCAGAACCUGCCAUCCAACACUGUGCUCUCAGCAAAAUUUCAAAGAAUGAAAAUCGCGCGCAUUUCUCUGCAAAACAGCCAGCGAGCGCACUAUGAUGAUGUCAAAAACUCCAACCGGAUCCGUAUCGGUUCGCAGCUGAGUCGUCAAUGCAUGUCCGUGGUUGGAAUACAUCUCAUGUCUUUUGAGCUUUGAAAAUAUACGUAUACUCACUCAUGACGCUCUGGAUAAAAAUGGGCAUUAUCAAACGUGCGAGCGCGGCGAGUCACUAGCGGAGCAGCGAGCGAGGCACCUGUGACGAAGUCAAAAUUAGGCAGAAAGGAAAAUGGGUAGGCGGCAAAAUGGCUUCUAGUUGUUAGUCGGUGAGAGUUCUUGGCAUGAAGCACUUUUAAUUGUAAUAUUUAUUUAUUGAUUUUUAUUUUUUAGCGCACGGGUCUCGCAACAUUCCCAAGCGACUGGUCAGAGCACCCCGACGGCUUGUGAGGAAGGACAAAAAUUCCAAAAAUUCUUAAAUAUCUCCACAUGGCUGCCAGGAGGCUAAUGCAGAGGCGAGUAGUUUCAUUUUGCGCCAUUGAGGCGCUGGAGCCCAAAGUGCUCUAGUUUUGCGGCCACCAAUAGAUGGCAAAAUAAAGCAAAUCGGGGAAAAAAAGCAUUCCAUCUUCAAUUCAAAGCCCUUACUUUUUUUUUUUCUUGUUGCAAAUAUUCCCGGGUAAACAGCCCUGACAUUUAUUUGAACCUUUCAAAUAAAACAGGAGUGCUUUCUGCCUGUUUUUAUUUUUUACUAUCUAUUACUUGAAAAACGGCUCACACAGGAGUGAAAGAGGUUGGAGACCCCCACGCCCCUCCUCCCCUGCCCCGCUUUGGAAAAUGCUGACUUGUGGUCCAAAUCUUGAUGUAAUCCAAUUUUUCAAAAUAAAACGCUAAAGUGUAGCAAUAAAUUGGAGGGGGGGGGGGGGUAAUCCAUCAUCAUGACUGUACCGCUAAGGUAGGUAUCAUAUUACUUUAGAAUGCAGUUGAAGGUAACAGUAAAAUAUUCGGUAUGUAGAAAAGGUCACCAGAGUUAUUGGCCAAGCAGCUGCUGGAGAUUACUCACUGAAUAUUUAUACUUGGCGCUGGAAGACGAUGCUUCCUGUUUUCCCAGAAAUGGCAGCAACAAAAAGUUCAAUCGUUAAAAAUGAUUGCGGAAUUCCACUUUUACCUGCCAAAAAUCGGUGAGGCAAAAUGAAUUCGUUCGACUUCCGAGGACGCCUGCACACGUCUCGGCUGCGCUCGUAAUAAUGUCCCCCCCCCCCCACUCCCCCCGAGCGUGGCAAAGACCACCGUGACCCGUGCCAGUCUUUGAGCCAGCAAACAUUAAGCGCUUCAAACUCAAGCAAGUGAAUGUUGGGGUGAGCCCGCUUUGACUGCACUGAAAAAGCCAAGAAACAAAAAAAAAUUUUGUUUUGAGCCACAGGUGGGAGAAUGCCAAGCACAUCAUCUUUAUCCGCCCACAGCUGUAAGCUACAAGUUUACAAGAGGGCGGGGAGGCGGGGGGGUAGUCUACCGGUUUAAAACAUCACCAGACAUAGCAGAAGUCUGAAUAUAAAUAUAUAUAUAUAGAUAUGUAAACAUGAACCGAUGAAUAUACUGUAAAUGUUUUUUUGUUUUUUUUGCUCCGUUCUCCUUUGUACAUAGGUUUGCAUAUUUUAUAGGACUUUUACUUCUAUCGAAAAGGACCGGGUAAAGUACUUUAAAUACCCCCAAAAAUAAAAAAUAAAAUAUAUAUAUAUAUAUAUGAAUGAAUGAAAACCAGGUACAAAAAAAGAAAAAGUUGCUAGGGUACAGUGCGAAAUCUAGGACCUGACCAAGGCAUUUAUCCAGAAAACAGUCAGGGAGAGCAUUGACUUCAAUUCCAGCCGAAACACGCAUCGACCUAUUUUCGGACAUAAACACUUUCCGAGGUUCUGUUUUCCUUUUCGGAUUUAUUUGACGAGUCACAUCUCGAGACGACAUGCAUGCUUUUCAUGCCAUUCAUUUUCUAUGAGUUGGUACGUGACCAAAUAGUUUUUUAUAAAACACGCAUGGGGGGGGGGGGGGGCGGCGGGCGGGCAGGCACCCCCCUCUGUUGUGGUCCGCGGAUGAUCACCGCUCCUGUCUUUAGGACCGUGCCUUCAAAGCACUUCUUCGAAGAGGGAGAGACGACAGCUCCUAUAUUGACCAAGUGAUGUCAAAACCGGACUUUUAAGCGAUUUGUGUUCCAGUUAUUUGUCGCUGUGUUUUAUGGAUUUGUUUGUUUGUCGAUGUAUUUAUUUAUUUAUGUAUUUAUUUGUGUCGUUUGACUCAAGAUCUGAGCUCUCCUCUUUGCCACCGAGGGGGUCUUGCUUAAAAGUGCCACGUUGUACCUGUCAGCAUCGCAUUACCUCUUCACGUGUUAGGAGUCGCCCAAAAAAAAAAAAACAAGAA